CCAAUGUCGAUUCUCGGUCCGUUCGUUCGGUGUAUUAAUUCGGGGACCGUGACUGCUCGGCCCGCUAUUAUGUACUACUCAAAAGCGCCUAUCGACGUUCGGUCACCGUGCCUCUAAGCAUAUGCCACCGGGAGUAGAGCCCCAACAACAUCGCCAUGGCCCGCCUCUACACCCCCUCUAUCCUUUCGUGUUGUAUAUAUUAGUCUCCAGUUUUGUUGUAACUAUCGCAUUUGGGCGCGCCCGUCUCGUCCUUUGACCCGAUCAGGAUUUCAGAUCAUGGCAGCUUCUCACAAAAUUCAGAUAUGGAGCCAACACGUCUUACUCGGUGAACACACAUGGCGAGUUUUGCGAACAUCAUACCGGGAAAACUACCAGUGGCAAUCUGUGGACUGUGUACUUACCAACGUCAAUAGCGUAUGCGCGGUCGGAGGAGCCAGCCUCUCCCGAAACUUCAAUGACCUACGUGUUGUCGUCGUUCACCAGGAAAAACAGACACUGCUCGAGGCGAAAUCCUUUGGCGCAGCAGAAGCUUACAAAUUCUUCUUGCAGACUCUCUUAACGCCGGUGGCCCAAGGUCAAGAGCGGCUAAUCAAACUCAUCGUCCCACUGGCAAAGGGAUACAUAGUGCGGUCGGAUAUUAUCCCUAUACGUCUUCAUGAUUGUCUGCUUGUUGAGCAAAUCAUAUCUUUUGCGAAACCACUGCAACGCUACGAAAGUGAAACCACCCCUAUUUUGUUCCUUGACAAGGAUGACAUCUCCUUGCCAGCAAUAUUCACUGCAGCUGCAGCCUGCAUACUUGUGCGUCCGGUGCCCCAGGCUGACCUGGAGGAUGUAUCUUCGGAGUUGGACGAAGAACUAAAUAAUCGACUCUCGUUCCCAUGGAUUAUUCCCGAAAUCGCCCGUCAGAGGACACUCGUGCUCGUCGAAGCGAAUAGCUCACAUCCGGGAGAUGGACUUGGCCUCUACACUGCUGCCGCGGCUCUAGGAAUCAGUUUGGUCGUCUUGGAUAAUGCCGGACACUGGAUUGGAAGCCCAGAUAACGCCCACAUAUGCGAGGCUUUCAUUCCAACGCGAUUGACCAUCCCUCCAGAGAGAGAUAUGACAGACCACAUCCUCGCAUCUUUGCGGGCCUAUGGUAAGCCUGUGGACGGCAUUGUCACUUUUGCAGACAACUUUUGGCCUCAUGUCGCCGAGGCCGCCAAGGUCGUGGGUCUGCCAACCGCGUCGCCAGAGAGCUUCAGGACUGCCACAAACAAGUAUCUUACGAGUAUAUUCGCCGGUCAUCAAGCCUAUCAUGCGUCGAGCCUCGCUCAAGCUAUCUCGGUAGCGCAGGAGCACGACCUACCCUAUCCUUUGAUCGUCAAACCAUGUGGUGGAUGGAGUUCUGAAGGCGUGCACCGCGUCGAUUCGCGUAGCGCCCUCGAGGAUGCAGUAAGCGCGAUCAUCGCUUCCCGCCAUGGGCCUGAGUUCGUCAUUGAGCCCUACUGCGACGGACCCGAGGUCGAUGUUAACCUCGUCCUACAGGACGGAGAGUUGCUGUUCUUCGAGGUGUGCGAUGAUUUACCAAAGUCAGCCGAUGUCAAUGGACCAAGCUUUGGUUCUUUGACCAAUUUUCAUGAGCUGGGCAGUGUUUAUCCCUCAAACUUACCCGAGGCAGAGAUUCAGCUGCUGCGCGAAACUUUUUUGGCCAUGUUGCUGUCGCUUGGCCUAAGGAGCGGGGUGAUGCACCUGGAAGGACGCAUAGAGAACUCUGCGGUCGAGUAUACGACUAAGGAUGGGGUCAUGGUGCUCUCCCCACGGGCCAGUGGCGGUCACCGUACACCAAAGGCAUGGUUGAUCGAGAUCAACCCGCGCCCUCUAGGAAUGACAGGCUCCCAAAUCAUUGAAUCCACCUAUGGAAUCGACUACUGGGGCUUGGCAUUACUUUCGGCUGUGGGCGAUAAGACUCGCGUUCGUGCUCUUGCCCGCCCAUUCCUCAAGGGACCGCAAUACACCAGUAUGAUGGUUUUCAUCCCGGCCGACUUUCCCUCCUCGUGUGAAGGCAUCUUUGAUUCGGACGACAUCUGUGCGGACCUCAUUGCACGAAGACCUGAUCUCGAAGCAUUCAUUAGUAAAUGUGGUUGUCUUGUAAAACGAGGGCAACAUGUCCCACAUCCAAGCACUGGUCGGAACACUUUUCUAGCUUACUUCAAUGUCUUCUCACGGGAUAGUCGUGAAGAAGCAUUGAACAUUGCCAAACAAGUUCGAGAGGCAGUUAGAUAUACUUUUAUUUAAAUAGCAAACAACCAUCAAAAGAGUUC